AGGAUCAUCAACACCACUUCCCAAUGAGACACUGUUCAAUAAGAGGAGCCGUGAAUUGGUUAGCAUAUUCUUGGUGCCACCAGCGCCACCUCCACCGCUCAAUGCUCAAAACAUCUGGACCCUGUGGAACAUUUUAGCUGCAGAAUUAAAGACCCUGUACCCUGGAACAAGCUCCAAGCUUUGCGGCAAUUUUCGCAUAAGUCGCCUGUCGCUUAUUGAGGCCUUCACCAAGUGAUAUCCAACAGAGAGGGAAUGGAUCAGCCUUAGACGUUGAGUUCGUCCCUUUCUGCCUAGGGUGAACUCUGUCGGUGAUCUAAAUUCGGGACAGCAGCAGAUUCGAUGAAUGUCACUGGUGAUAUAGGAUGGGACGGGAUAUUAAUUGCUCUAGUGCAAGCGGCCGACAAGAGAUGAGUCUUAUAGGGCAGAGCAUUAGUGCGUCAACGGCGCAAUAUCGUUGGACGCGGCAGUUUCACCGUCAGCCUUUUUCCAUAUGUUUGGUCGACUCAACCUACAACUCAUCAACUGCAUGCAACCAGCCUUGCAGUAACAGCGUUACACUGCAUCCCAACUAUGCAAGUUGUGUAAUGGGCCAAAUGCGAGGUACGAGACUAGACCUGGGUCCAUGGCCUUGUGACCGAUCUUCGUGAAAAAGAUCAUCUGCCAACUUCCCUCCUCGUCUGCUCAUCUCUUAGACCAGGGCAGGCUAUCUAGGAUCGAUGCAGGGAUCCCAAGCAGCUGAACCCCAGUCCCCACCAACUUAUAGAGAGCAACACUGCUAAAUUAUUUGGUUCAUGGACGGUGCGUGAUGAUCGGGCAGAAUUUUGAGGAUAGUCUUAUUCGGAAUGUGGUUGGGCCGGUCUGACACUCGCACUCAUGCCCUAUUUUGGUAUAUCACGUUAACUGUAUAUGGGAACUCGUCCCAAUGGAGAUCUUCAACUCAGAGGCAUGGAAGCUUGGUAUUAGUCACUGACGAUAGACAGGUUACAGAGAAGUCAGAGCUGCCUAUAGUUCGGCAAGGUACUGUGGCGACCUGCUGCAAUUUGUAUUGGUGGAUGGUCGUGCCUCUAGCACAGACGGAUGUGGUACCCGCACGAAGCCAUCGUCAAGAUGGAGCUUCCACCUUUGACCCUGGAGAUAUUUGGUGGCGUACAUUUGAUGCAUUAGCAUAUUAACAUACCCAGCUAGUUGAUUCUAACUGGCCUGUGACUCGACGGUUGGCUUUCAGCCGUUCCAGUAGGUAGCAGCCUGUUAAUACCAGUGCUCUUAUAAAAAGAGAAAACGUCCUGUUCAGCUUGACCUGUCUUCUUCGCCCGCCAGAGUUCUCCCAACCCAAUCGUUUUCGGUGGACUUAGCCCUCUUAUACAGUCUUUCAAACAUGCUGCGAUCAACUCUUCUCCUCGCCCUCGCGGGCUUGACCUUCGCGGCUGAUAGCGUCCACUUCAGCAACUCCAAAUCAGCACAGCCAAAGGGUCUCCCCCUUCUCUCUGGCUUCACUCCUCGUCCUCAGACCCUCAGCAUGGCUGGUUCUUGCCCCGCUGGCAAGACAUCAUGCGAUAACGGCUGCAUGGAUACAGGCGCUCAGUGCUGUAACAAGGGAACAGGAGCCUACUGUGAUGAUGGCUAUCAUUGUCAAGCUGAAGGCUGCUGUGAGGAUGGAAAGUUAUGCUCUGGCCCCCCAACUGGUUGCACACCGGGCAAGGAGCUCUGCGGAGCGUAUUGUGUCACUAAGGGCGAGUGUGUCAACGGCGGAAGUGGUGGCUCUUCUGGUGGUUCCUCCGGUGGUUCUUCUGGGGGCUCAUGCUUGAGCUUUCAGGAGACCUGUGGUGAUGGUUGCAUGCCCAAGGGCAUGGUUUGCUGUGAUACUGGCUAUUGUCUCCGUGGCCAGACCUGCGGCUCCGAUGGAACUUGCAAAUAUGGUUCCGGCUCUGGUGGCAGUUCAGGAGGCUCAUCCGGCGGCUCCUCUGGUGGUAGCUGCGCGACUUACCAAGAGAAGUGUGGUGAUGGCUGCAUGCCCAAGGGCAUGGUCUGUUGUGAUACCGGAUAUUGUCUCUCUGGACAAAUCUGUAGCAGCGACGGUACUUGCAGCUAUCGCUCAAGCGGAGGUAGCAGUGGUGGUGGCUCAAGUGGCGGCUCAGACGACGACGGUGACAAGUCCAGCUUCACUCGAGAGUCCCCAACACUUACCUUCGACUCUCCCUCAUUCACGGCCCCUUCGAUCGAGCCUGUCCCCACGAUCGACGACAACAAGUUCUCUACAUUCUCUUCUUCUGCGGAACCUACCGGCCUCAGGUCUGGUGGCGACGAUAAUGGAGACAGCGGCAGUAGCAGCAGCAGCAGCAACAAUGGAGGAAGCAACAGUGGCUCUGUCUUGGUGCCUAGCUUCUUCAUGGGCCUCGUUGCCAUGGUUCCUCUUUUCCUUUAAGUUGUGCCUCGAGUAACUCGAUGAAUUCGUCAAGAUUUUACGGUUACCUUAGCGACAUGGACAAGCUGAACAAGCAUUAUGGCCUUGAGUCUUUGAAGCAAUGCAGGAGCUGGAAAUAAUGAAUGAUGUUGGCAUGGGCUUGGAAAUAUUCUUGGUACAUACCUUAGUUUCGAAUCAAUAUACCCCUGAAUCAAUCAAUGAGCCAUGCUCCGGCCUCGUAAUACUCAC